AUGCAAGAUACAAUUUAAGGGCUAAGUGCUAGGAAGAAAAUAAAACUGGUGGGAAGCGCCUGUGGCUCAGUGAGUGGGGCACCAGACCCAUGUACCAAGGGUGACGGGUUUGAGCCCAGGCCGGCCAAACUGCAACAAAAAAUGGCCCAGGGUUGUGGUGGGUGCCUAUAGACCCAGCUAUUCUGGAGGCUGAGGCAGGAGAAUCGCCUAAGCCCAAGAGCUGGAGGUUGCUGUAAGCUGCGAUGCCACGGCACUCUACUGAGGGUGACAAAGUGAGACUCUGUCUCUUAAAAAAAAAAAAAAAGAGGCAAUGCCUGUGGCUCAGUGAGUAGGGCGCCGGCCCCAUAUGCCAAGGGUGGCGGGUUCAAACCCAGCCCCGGCCAAACUGCAACAAAAAAAAAAUAGCCGGGCGUUGUGGCUGGCGCCUGUAGUCCCAGCUACUCGGGAGGCUGAGGCAAGAGAAUCACGUAAGCCCAAGAGCUGGAGGUUGCUGUGAGCUGUGUGACGCCACGGCACUCUACCAAGGGCAGUAAAGUGAGACUCUGUCUCCAUAAAAAAAAAAAAAAGAAAGAAAAUGAAAACUGGGUAAUAUGGAAAAGAAUACGAGCAGAAGGCCUCAUUAAAGGAGUGACAAUUGGCUCGGGUGCCUGUAGCUCAAGCGGCUAAGGCUCCAGCCACAUACACCAGAGCUGGCAGGUUCGAAUCCAGCCCGGACUCGCCAAACAACAAUGACAACUGCAACCAAAAAAUAGCUGGGCAUUGUGGUGGGCGCCUGUAGUCCCAGCUACUUAGGAGGCUGAGGCAAGAGAAUCGUUUAAGCCUAGGAGUUGGAGGUUGCUGUGCACUGUGAUGCCACAGCAUUCUACCCAGGGUGACAGCUUGAGGCUCUGUCUCAAAAAAAGGUGACAAUUGAGCUGAAUGACAAGAAGCCAGCCGCAGGAAUAUCUGGGGACAGAAUAAUCCAGGAGAGAACAGCCACUGCAAAGGCCCUAAGGUGGAAACAGCUUGUGGAGUUUGAGGAACAUCAAGGAGGCCAAUGUGGUGCAGCGGAGUGAUGCAUUUGGGAUGUUUCAGGAAGAGCUCAGUCUGGCUUUACUCUGCUUGGGAAGGAGGGGCAAAAGGCUCCAACCACAGAGGGAAGGCCUGAACCCAGACCACCUCUUCCCUUCAAGGGUAAGCAGUAAUACAUGUCCUUACAUUACCUUGUGUGACCUGUUUGCACUCAUGGAGGGAAAGAGGACCAAAACCACAAAUUGUGCUGAGUGCUUCUGAUGGUUGUAUCUUUGUUCUCAAGUCUACUCUGCCAGGGAAGAAUUACUGUUAUUCCUGUUUUACAGAUGAGAAAACUAAGGCCCAAGAAGGACAAUCCUUUUCCUAAGAUUGUGAGUUUAGUAAUAGAAGUACCAUCUCCAACCCAGGUUUGUCCACUGGCCAGCAUGGGUGCUGUGUCUGUCUGCCCACUUGUGGUGCCAUCAAAGUGCUCUCAGGACACCAGGCUUCUGUUAUCCGCCACUGUAACUUGUGCUGCUAGCAGGUCACACACAGUAAUGGAUACUUGUCCCAUGUUUGCUACUAUGGGUAGGUGUCUACAGGGAGGAGGGGUGGCUGAGUAGAGAUGCACAGGAUCCCAUUGUAUGUCUUGGCUGCCACAUGGGACACUGAGCCUAAGUUGGUUAUUCUAGAUGAAGACCUUGAAGCCUCUGCACAUAUAGGGAUGUGGUUCCCCAAGAAAGCCUCUGGGUACCUGUGCUAGUAGAGGCAUGCUCUUGACUGGGCACCAUCACUAGGUAGAUAGUCCAGGAUGGACCAUGUGAGUCACUCUGCCCCUUCUCAUGGCUGAGAGCUCCCCCUCUAAAUAUAGACAAGUAGGCUUAGCUCAAGCCUAUUUUAGGCCCAGGCUGGAUGGCAGCCAGGCCUUCCCCAGGCUCAAAAGAGCCACUAUUGCCUUUGUCCAAUCCUGCUGCUGGACGCCCUCAUUGGCCCCCUGAUUGCCCACCACUUGUCAUGCCUGACGAGACCCAAGAAGACACCAUGGUACCAGUGAUGCUAAGCCAGAGAAGCAGGGGUCCACUGGCCCCCAACCAUGUGCAGGAGGUGUGCCUGCAUCCAGUGGAGUCCAUCAGUGACCUACACAGUGGAGGCUCUUUGUAUCCCUGUGUGGCUGAGGAGACACGGCCAUGGGACGAGCUGCUGGGUGUUUUGCCACCAUCACUGUGUACCCAGGCUGGCUGCAACCCUGUGUAUGGCAGAGUGGGCUUCCUGCUGCUGGUCGCACUGUUGGUACUCACCUGCCUGGCGAUCGCCAUCCUGGCCGUCUACCUGAGUGUGCUGCAGAGUGAAUCCCUGCGUAUCCUGGCACACACAUUAAAGACUCAGGAGGAGAUGAUACUCAAACUCCGUCUGGCCAGCCUGAGCCAGCUGCGGAGGCUCAACUCCAGUGAGGCCCGAGCACCCAGCUGAUGCCACUUGGACCUGGGGCCUGGGGCAAUAUAAGUUGGGGGGAUAAAGUAGCCAUGGACAGGCCUCUCCUCUCCUGCUACUGGCCAUGUUUAUACUACUUUCUUGGUAAGAUUUCUGUCUAAGAACCUGAUUUGACUCCAGAACUGCCUGACUCUCCUGACCUCUUCAGGCCAGACCUAGCCAAGGCUUCUGGUGCCCAGGCCUCACUUUGGGUGAUCCAGGCCUCGCUUUUGAGUGGUCCAAGGCCAAUGGGGGAGAGGGGGUAUCAACCUCCUGGCUCCUCCUGUGGUCUUGUCAGUACCCUCUGACCAUCCCCAGAUGGCAAGUUCAGAAGUCUAGAAAUAGCUGUCCCCACUGAGGUCCCACAAAAUCUACUAGGCCUCUCAAGUAGGGUCCCAGCAUCAGCUCUCAAAGACAGGCUGGGCUCUAACGCAGGGGGUCACUUAGGGAAAGACUGCCUUGGAGGGCAAAGGUGAGAGAGUAGACAGAGCUACAUACCCAGGAGUCAAAACCACAGAAGGCUGGGGCAGCCCCUGUGGCUCAGUGAGUAGGGCGCUGGCCCCACAUACCAAAGGUGGUGGGCACCUGUAGUCCCAGCUACUUGGGAGGCUGAGGCAGGAGAAUCACUUAAGCCCAGGAGUUGGGUUUGCUGUGAGGUGUGUGACGCCUCGGC